UCAGGGAGGGGGUCAGCAAUAUUGAGUUUACACCAUAAACCUCUCAUUAAGCCUCGGUCGCUAGAGUAUUUUUUAGAGAAGUCUCUAGUUAUCCUAUAGUUGUGUUGAAGUUCUCUAAUAUGACGGAAAACUCAUAAAAUGGCUAUUUUAUACGCUAAUCAGAGCCCAACCACUACUAUGGCGGGCUUGUGGCGCCCUUACAUUUUUAAUUAAUGGGGUUAGAAUCUAUUUAUAUAUGUAGAUUAUCCUGAAUCUGCUGUAAUUUUGUGUAAAAAACUUUAAAGUAUAUGCUUGCUGUAACAAAGAAAACAUCUAAAUUUAUUCUGCAUUCAAGAAUAAAUAUAUAAACGGGAAAUUAAUUAUAAAUUGAAAUCAUUAUGAAGCUUUACAAUCGAUACAAUAUUUUUAAAUGAAAAGAUUAUCAGAAUAUAUUCAUUUUGGUUAUUCUCACCGUGAAACACUAGACAAAUGCAUUUUCAGAGGAUUAUUGUGACAAAGGCCAAUCACCCCCUCCCCUGAUCCCCUUAAGUACCCUUACCGUGUAUAACGUACAGCGGCAAAUAUGCAUUUUAGAUUUGAGAGAUAGAGUCUAUACUGAAGUUGUCACCCUCCUGGAACAAUCAAAAUGUCAUUUUCAUGUGGGAAUUAUCUAAUAUCCAAUUAACUCAGUUUCGGGAGCUGUACGUUAAUGUAUAAUUGUUUGUAAACAAACGCAACCAAAAGUGGACUAAAACCGAAACAUGUAUCUAAUUCAAUACAAUUGCCAAACAAGUUCUCUGAAAAAAGUUUUCGGGAAUAAAGUCCUAAAUUUUGGCACUAAAAAAGUCCUGUGAAAUAAAAACCACUAGAAAUAAAGUCCUAACAUUUUGAAACUUUAUGUUCUGGGACUUUUUUUCUGGCUCUAGUAUGCCCGCAAAAAAAGUCCUAUCAUAGUGGAAAAUGCAUGAAAACAAUUAGGAUGUUUACAGCCAUGGAAAAAAGGACUUGAUAUUAAAAACGCCCCUGGCUAUAUUAAAUAUGCAGAUGCAUAGAAGAAAAGUUUUUUUUCUGAAAAUAUUCCAGAAUUUACCUCAUUUUCCCUAGACUCAGGACUUUUUCUUCAGGACUUAAAUUCCUGUGAUUUUAUUUCCUGAGCCUUUAUUAGCAGCCCCCAUAUUAUUUUAGGAAAAGAAGUCCCAAGAAUCUUUAGCUUAGGAAUUUAUUUCCAAUGACAUUUUGUCUAUUGGACUUCACAAAAUUGGGACUUUUUACUAAAGUUAUUAUUUCCAGGUUUUUUUUCAGAAACUGUUCUUUCUUAUCACUUUUUUACAUAGCUAUAUUCCUCAUAGAACACAGUAUUUGAUUUAUAUUUAAAAAUGAAAUUAAGCGGGAAACAUUAGGAGUCAGUCAACAUUACUGUGAACUCCGAUGCAUUUCAAGUACUGGGCCGAUUUUAAACAACUAGAGAAGGAUGUUGAAGGACUUAAUGGAGUCCUCCUCCAGUCUUGGAUCAGAAAGACUCCAGUGGAGGCGGUCAAGCCAGGUGACCAGCAGUGAGGAAAUACGGGCCCGGGAACAGCGAGGAGAGAGUAGGAUUUCUGAACAUGACAGGUUGGCGGAGUUUAUGAGAGUGGAGGAGAUGAAGAAGGAGAGGGAAGCAAGAUCCCUGGCUUUAGAGAAGGCUUAUGUUCAUGAUGUGUAUGAACAGAUAUCUACCAACUUUACAGAUUCAAGAUAUAGACCCUGGCCCCGUGUUAAACAGUUUAUUAUGGAUCUAGAACCUGGAUCCUUUGUCUGUGAUGUUGGUUGCGGUAGUGGGAAGUACCUGAGUAUUAAUCCUACAGUAUUUAACACAGGAUCAGACAGGUGUAAAGCUUUAACAGAGAUGGCCAGAGAAAAAGAACACGAGGUAAUUACAUGUGACAAUCUGUCCCUGCCUUACAAAGACGAUUGUUUUGAUGCUGUCCUCUCCAUAGCAGUUAUUCAUCAUAUAGCAACUACAGAACGACGGGUUCGGGCAAUACGAGAACUAGCCAGAAUACUCAGAGUAGGAGGUCGAAUAAUAAUUAGUGUUUGGUCCAUGGAGCAGAGACAUCGAAAAUUUGAAUCCCAGGAUGUUUUGAUUCCUUGGCAUAGACCCAACAAUACGUCAUGUGAAGAGAAGCCUGGGGGAUCAGCUGUAGGAGAUACAACUACUACCACGUGCACAAGUGAGGAUGAUGUCACUCACUACCAUGCUUACACUCAAACCGGUUCUGAUAGUGAGCAUAUCUCCUCUAUAUCAAGGUUAAGUAUGAGAAGAAGGGGGAGAACAAGAUAUAAAGGACGAAGUAUAUCUCCACCAGGUGGUAGAAGUAGCUCUGAUGUAUCAAGUCCUAAUGAGUCCUGUUACAGCUUUGUUAGGAAAGCUCUACAGAAAUUUGCAGCCAACAAGAAACAAAAUGGCGGUGCUGCGAAGCUCCCGUGGAUUUUUCAAAAUCUUGAGACCUACUGCGCUCAGGAGCUAACGGAUCUAGAACAUUCUCAGCUUCUAAAGGGGGAUAGUGGAGAUUCAUACGAUAAUGAUGAUCUACCAAUUGAGAUUAGACACUUAGAGGAGGAGAAUUUUUCGAUUCCCCAACAAUUGCUCUCUGAGAAAACUCUUAUAUCAUCUAAUCCUGAAGAUUGUUUAAAUAAGUCAAGAAGUCUGAAUGAUAUCAGCCAAAUACUGUCUGUGGAAAGAAAGAAGCUGGGUGAUCUUGGUAGAUCAGUAACUUGUGACGAUCCAACUGUAACAUGUGUUGAGACCAGUAAUCUGGGUGAAACUGGAGUCACUGAUAAAACUCUGCAACCUGAGUCUGCCACUAGCUCUCAAAGCGUCCAGUCCACUGAUGGUUCUAACUGGUUUGCGGCCACAUUCCUAGAUCGUUCCAAUACAGGUUCAAGACCAACCUUUGGAUCACUCUCCAGUCUCUCCUCAGCUAAAUCUGCAAUCAGUGCUUUUUCAAUAAAAUCAGAUUCAGGAAUUGCAGCAAGUUUGCAACGUAAAGGAAAAGCAGAAUCUGUUAAAGUUCCCCGAAUUUGGAACUCAGAUUCUCAGCUAGGAGAAACUGAGAUCAAAGAUAAAGCAAAGAAGAAAGAUGAAUUGACUCGCCAUCUCACCGCCUCUUUGGGAGCCAUUCAAAAAUCUCGUAAUUUAACAAUUUUCAAAUCCAGCCCCUUUGGAAACCCUACUCCAGAAAAAGAAAAAUCCAAAGCAAUGCAGACAAUAGAAGGAAAACUGAUGGGUGCAAUUAAGGAAGUUAAUGAAACAGAUGUAAGUGAAAAUUCUACACCAGUGCCCAGUCCAGGACCGUUGUUAUCUUCACCUUUGCUCAAGAAAAAUGAAAAACGUCCAACCCUUGUUAAACAAAAACAAUCCAUCCAGGCCUUUAACUUCAUGGAACCCAAAGAUGUAUCUGCAGAUAUGCACUACCGGGAACUUCGUAAAGAACUUAGUGGGAAAAAGUCCCCUCUACCACCAGCAACUCCUCCAAUACAAGUAGAAUCUCAAAUCAAGGAAAUUACUCUUGUGGAAAUUGCUAAGCCAAUCAAACACCUUACUAAACAGACAUCAUUGAACGAUGAACUUUUUUUUGAAGAAAGAAAAAAAGAAAAAGAGGCAAUCAGGGAUAAAAUUAAGCGACAACAAUCACUACCAUCACGGCCUUCUGAAGACAUAAAAGUUGGGAUCAAAGAAACGUUGAAAGCUGCUGCACAAUCAAAACAGUUUGACUUAUUUAGGGACAGAUUUUCCAAAGCUAAGGAUACUGAUAAACCAGCUGCAAACUCAACUGAAAAUGAAAAACCAAAUAAUACUCAAAAUAUGUCUUUCACUAAUGGUCUUGCCAAAAUACUUUACAGAUGGAAAUCAGAAGAUAAAAAAGAGAAACCAGAUCCUCAAAACUCCUUCACUAGAAAAAGAGGUGUAAAUAUUGAUCCCAUUGUAGUAUUUGGACUUCGGCGGGAUCAAAGUUUAGAUAGUGCAACAAGAAGGGGACUAUUCCAUAAGAAAGGAGCUUGGUCUCCUAAAAGUCCAAUGCUUGAGACUAAUUCUCCCCAAGAAAACCCUAGUUUAUUAUCCCCAACUGUUAGGCGAUGUUGUAUGGAAUGCCCUGAUGAAAAUGGAACUAAAGAACGUAGACUCUCAAGAAGUGAAACUGGAUCUGAUAGCAGUAAAGAUUCUAGCAUUCAAAGUGAUACUUCUUUAGACUCAGAGGAUAGUUGUAUUUCAGUUAUUUUUGUUCCCAACCCAGAGCUUAAAAAUCAAUCAGAUGGUUCCAGACCAAAAGUGCAGUCCCAGCGCUCUACCUCAAACUCAUCUGAAUCUUCAGAAUCUCCAACUGGUAGAGGAAGCCCCAUGUCGCCAAGUGCAAAGGUGAUAUCUCCUAAAGGUCUAAAUAAGCAAAAAAUUCCAAAAAUUAUGGUAACAGAAAAUAGCACAGAACAAUCCAAAUCUGAGGAGUACAAAUAUGAAAUAAAAGAAACUGACAGUGAUAGCUCUUUAAUUAAGCAAGUGUGUAAAACACGAACUUUUGGCGGAUCCAUGUUACCAAGAAUUCCAGAGCACAAAAGUUUUGAACUUGAAGAUUUACCAACAGAACAUUUAAUUAAUUGCCAUCCUCAUGGCUUGGCAGAAAGAGUUGAAAUGGAGCAUGAUAAUAACUCUCCUCAUCCUGCCCGAGCAUCCAAGUUUGAUUACCCUAUAGUUAAACAUCAUCCUCUUUUUGCUAAAACACACAAAGUAAGCAGUGGAAUCUCUUCCCUAUUGUUGGGGGAAAAUAUUGAAUUUACAAGAAAACCAGGUCAAUCUUCCUCACAGGGGGUCCAAACAGUAAGAAAAGGAACUCCAAAGCUAUUAACUUUUGAAAUUUACAAUCCAGAGACUGAUGACUUGGAUUCUGACACUUCUCUCUCUAGUUCCCCUGAUUCAGAAAAAAGCAUUGUAUCGGUUAUAAAUGAAAGUUACAAAUCAGCAUCAAAACAUAACUUAUCAGACAGUUUAGAUAUUAAAGAGGAAGCAAUAAGUUCUCCAAAAGAUGAUGAAACUGUUUUUAAUUUUGAAACUGAAUCAAUGAAGGAACCAGAAGAGGAGUCAAGUACGUCAACCCCCUCCUUGUUUAAUUCUGAUGAAAUUGCUCGAAAGUCUGAGAUGAGAAAAGCAGGACUAUUGAAUCUGCUAGGAGAGAACAAAAACAUUUUGCAAAACAUCAAUGAUUCACAGAUAAAAUGCAAUGAUGUGGAAAAGGUUGUAAUGAAAACUGUCAAUCACAUGCAAAGUAUGGAGGAUCUUUUCCAUGAUAAAGAUACAAAAAAAGAAUCAAGUUUAACUGAUCUUAAAAAAUGCAUCAGUGAACCAAUUCCAAAUAUGAAAAACUACUCAUCCUUGCAAGGGUCUCUGGACAGUAUUAAGAGUAUUUGCGAGGGCUCUAGACUUGAAAACAAGAUGAAUCCUAAGGAAAAAGACUCUGACUGUGAUCCUUCUAAAAUCCAAGAAACUAAUGAAACAGUGGUUAAAAGUAUAGAUUUGACAAAGAUAGGGAAAAAUAAACUUAGAAGUAUUGAAGAUGACAUUAUGCCAGAAAUUGUUAUUUCUGAUGCAUCAGAAGAAUCAGAAACAGUUGGAACAGUAAAUACGAAGGACCCUGAAGAACAUGUUGAAAAUGGGGAAAAAAGCAUUGAAGGUGUUGAAAAUACUGUUGAUUCCGAAACUGACAGAGUAAAAAUUGACUUUUCAUCUCAUAAAAGUAGUGAAGAGAAACCCCCUGAAAUCUGUGCAAAAUUUGAGAGUGAUGGACACCAACCAAGUGCAUCUACACGAAUACUUGAGAGAAGAGGAAAAAGAGAAGAUUCUCUAGACUCCAAUACACCUUCUGUCAAGUCUUCCAUUUAUCACAGUGACACAGGAUCGGUCAUGUCUCAUAGAUUUAGUACAGUUUCAAUCUCGAGUAAUGUAUCAAGUGAUGUUUCAUUUGGAAACAAUUCUGCAGUUUCUGGGAGCUCUUGUUACCUGGCUUCCAUGUCAAGUGCAGAUUUUGAUGAUAGACCUCCUCUUGCUUCAAGUUUUUCUCUUUCGGAGGCUGAGGAAAAUGAGUAUUUAUCCUCGCAAACAAAUUUAGACCAUGAAAAUAAUGCUGAAAGUUCAGACGUUCCUUCAAGCAUGAUUUGCAACCCUGUAAAGAAAGAUCAGCUCUCACCUCCUAAGCCUGAGAUAAAAUCACAAGAUCGGCCAAAGCUUAAGUUGUUUAAAAGAAAUGGACAUGAAAGUAGAAGUAAAAGCUCAAGUAAUGAUGGUAAGCGAAGCCUUCAGUCUAGUUAUGAAAGUAGAAGUAGAGAUGCAGAUGAACCUAAUGGAUCUAAACCUAAAAGUAGAAUAGGCUCUUCACUUACACCUGAUACUAGCAUGGAUCAAUCAACUUGUGUUGAACGCUGCUCAUCAUCCUUCGAAGAAGAGUUAAUGCGAAGCUUCAAUAAUGAUGAAAAGGAUAAGGACAGUGCUAGUGAUUCUGAAGAUUCUGCAGAAGCAGGAGGAUCUCUAACCCACCAUCGGUACUAUCAUGUUUUCCGGGAGGGUGAAAUUGACCAUCUCAUCGAGAAAUAUGUAGAGAAUUUACAUAUCAUUAGUUCUUACUAUGACCACUCCAACUGGUGUGUUGUAGCUGAAAAAGUUAAUGUCUGGACUAUAUAGGCAAAUUUUUAUGAACCUUAGAACAAAGGCUGGCUGAAAAAUGUAUGAAUAUAUUAAAAAAUUUAACAGAAAUAGUAUAUUUAUAUCCUACUUUUUGUUCUGCAAUAUCAUAUGAUCUAGUUUUUUAUCUUAGGGAUUCUCUUACUCCGUAUAAAUAUGAAUCAGUAAAAUUAACAUAUUUUGGUUUCAUCCCUUUCAUGAAUGCAAAAGUAGAGCAAUGAGAGUAGGGUUUCCUAUAGCAAUAUGCGCAAUAAGAGCGCAAAACUUGAUCUGUAGCUGACUAACUUAUCUCUUCAAAUAUAAAAUUUAUCUGAGUGCAUGCCAUAUCAAAAAAUUUGAUUGGUAGGACAAAAAGUUAUUUUUGCGUGUCUCUGUUUUGGAUUUCAGAAGAAAAAUAUUAAUUUUGCACAUAUUUGUAUUAGUGCAUUUUCUCAAAGGUUAGGUUUUUGAUAAUUAUCAUAUGAACAUAUUUGGAAUUACAUUUAUUAUUAAAAACAAUUUUUAGCAAAAUUAGGUAAAAUCUUUCGGAGACGGAAUAAAAAGUUUUUGCGCAUGGAAACCCUACUGGAGAGUUACAAGAUUGCAAAUUCUUACCAAUGAAUGACUGUCUUUAUGGUGUCAAAAUUAGAAGGAUUUUAAUUGAGCACUUUAAACUAUGAUGGCACUCUAUAAAAAUUAAAUGAAUAUGAAUUAAGGGUUAAUUUAAAAUAAAAAUCUUCUUACAAAAUGAUAUUUAAGUUGUAUGAACAUUAGGGAAGGGGAAUGCCACAUCUUCUGGAAAUUAAUUAAGCUUCCCUUUUUUGAGAUAUAUUGAAUGAGAAUUAUCAAAAACUCUAAUUUAAUUUAAGAAAGAAAAAAUAUCUGAAGUUUGAGUGCCAAGUCAUAUCUUUCCUUGAUAAAUUGUAAAGGAACUUAUAAAAGAUUAAAGUACAAAUUUGUUUGUUUUUCGUUUCUUCUAAAUAUUACAAGAGCUUUAUACAAAAAUAGAUCUGUAUC